AUGAAGAUGCUAACAAAGUUUGAGUCCAAGUCUACGAGGGCUAAAGGUUUGGCGUUCCAUCCCUCAAGACCUUGGGUUUUGGUCGCACUGUUUUCGUCAACCAUUCAAUUAUGGGAUUACAGAAUGGGUACCUUGCUGCAUAAGUUUGAAGAUCAUGAGGGCCCUGUCCGUGGAAUUGAUUUCCAUCCAACGCAACCAUUAUUUGUUUCAGCGGGUGACGACUAUACGAUUAAGGUCUGGUCUCUAGAAACUAAAAAAUGUCUCUUCACGUUGAAUGGUCACCUUGACUAUGUGCGUACGGUUUUUUUUCAUCGUGAACUACCUUGGAUAAUCUCCGCCUCCGAUGAUCAAACCAUAAGAAUUUGGAACUGGCAGAACCGGAAAGAAAUUGCAUGUCUGACUGGACACAAUCACUUUGUAAUGUGCGCAGACUUCCACCCAUCUGAGGAUCUUGUGGUGUCUGCAUCUUUGGAUGAGACAGUGAGAGUCUGGGACAUCUCUGGACUAAGGAAGAAGCAUUCUGCUCCGGGUUCCUUUAAUCUCGAAGAUCAAUUUUCAGCCCAACAAAAUUUACUAGAUGGUGGAUUUGGUGACUGUGUAGUCAAGUUCAUUCUUGAGGGUCACACAAGAGGUGUGAAUUGGGCAAGUUUUCACCCAACACUGCCAUUAAUCGUUUCGGGUGGUGACGACCGCCAAGUCAAACUAUGGAGAAUGAGCUCUACAAAGGCUUGGGAGGUGGACACCUGCAGAGGUCAUACAAACAAUGUCGACAGCGUCAUCUUCCAUCCUUAUCAAAAUCUGAUUAUCUCCGUAGGUGAAGAUAAGACGAUCAGAGUAUGGGAUUUGGAUAAGAGAACUCCCGUCAAGCAAUUCAAGCGUGAAAACGAUAGAUUCUGGCUUGUGAGAGCGCAUCCUCAUAUCAAUCUAUUUGGUGCUGCUCAUGAUUCGGGUAUCAUGGUUUUCAAAUUAGACCGCGAAAGACCAUGCAGUGCUAUCAGUCAAAACCAACUGAUAUUUGUUAACAAAGAGAAGCAGGUCCAAACUUUUGAUUACAAUAAGAAAGUUGCAACGUUGCCCUACGUUUCUUUAAAAAAAAUUGGGCAUCAAUGGAAUGCUUUUAGAAGUAUAUCCUACAACCCAUCUCAACACUCCGUGUUAGUGAACAGUGUUGAUAGUCAAGGCGACAGAUUUGCAUUGUGUACAUUGCCUAAACAGCCUACUGGAGCUAUAGAACCUACAGGAAUUUUAGAAGACUCGGGUAGUUUUGCUACUUUCGUUGCACGUAACAGAUUCGUUGUCUAUAACGUGUCAUCAUCUUCAUUAGAGGUGCGGAGCUUGGAUAACAAAAUCACAAAAUCUAUCAAGGUUGAUGGUGACAGCGCAGUGAGAGACAUAGUUUAUGGUGGGCCAGGAUGUGUUUUGAUCCUGCAAACGAGAAGUGUUGUUUUAUUUGACGUGCAGCAAGGCAAAAAGCUUGCCGAGAUUGCCCUUAAAAAUGUCAAGUACGUGUCUUGGUCAGCAGAUGGGCAAUUUUUAGCUUUAAUGAGCAAGCACACGAUUACGAUUGUUACGAAGCAAUUAGAAGUCGUCACUUCUAUGCAUGAGACAAUUAGGAUCAAAAGCGCUGCUUGGGACGAAACUGGUGUUUUGAUUUACUCAACUUUGAAUCACAUAAAGUACACACUUCUCAAUGGAGACAAUGGUAUCAUCAAAACAUUAGAAAAUACUCUGUACAUUACAAAGGUUCAUGGAAAGUUUGUCUAUGCGCUAAAUCGUGAGGGUGAUGUUGAAAUCGUCACUAUAGAUCCUACUGAAUAUCGUUUCAAGAAAGCUUUGGUCAAUAAAAACUUUCCAGAGGUUUUACGAAUCAUCAAAAAUUCUAACUUGGUUGGUCAAAAUAUUAUUUCAUACUUGCAAAAAUCUGGCUUUCCAGAUAUUGCUCUUCAAUUCGUCCAAGAGCCACAAACCAGAUUUGAUUUAGCUAUAGAGCACGGAGACCUGAGCAUUGCCUUCGAGGAGGCCCAGAAGCUUGAUAAUGCCGCCGCUUGGGAAAGAUUGGGCAAGGAAGCACUAGCGCAAGGUAAUACGAAGAUUGUUGAACUAGUUUAUCAAACACAGAAGCAAUUUGACAAAUUAUCGUUUUUGUAUUUGAUAACUGGUGAUUCGUCUAAAUUGGCCAAAAUGGAGUCAAUUGCUGAACGUCGCGGAGAUAUUUCUGGGUUGAUCCUUAACACCAUUUACAGUAAUAGAAUGGAAAAAAGAACUGAUGUUUUCGCGAAAGCAGGCAGUUUGCCUCUGGCUUAUGCAAUUGCUAAGGCCAAUGGUCAAAGCAACGCUGCUGCUUCUCUUCUGGAGGAGGCCGGCAUUGAUGAACAAGAUGUCGUGUUACCUGAUACUCUAUCAGCUUCUACUUUCUUGAAGGCACCUGUAAUUUCUCAGCCUCUUGAUAGCUGGCCAUUGAAGAAAGCUGAAUUGUCAUUUUUUGAAAAAGCGCUAUUGGGGCAAGUGGAGGAUCUCAAGAUCGAUGAGAAUGUAAAUGAAUCAGAACAGAGUAAGGCCCAAAUCGGUGAUUUUGAAGAUGAAGACACAAUAUUAGGUAAUGACGAAAGUCUUGAAGACGACGGUGGCUGGGAUUUAGGUGAUGAAGACUUGGAAAUUGAGGAAGAACUUAACGAAAGUGGUGCUGUCGAGGAAGAUUCUGCCACUAUUGAGGAUAGCCAACUCGCUUUGUGGGUGAGAAAUUCUAAACUACCAUACGUUCUUGUAGCAACUGGUGCUUUCGAGGCAGCAGCACAAGCUUUGAACAAGCAAGCUGGUGUAGUGAACUUCGAGCCACUCAGAUCUCGUUUUACCGAUAUAUAUGAGGGCUGCAGAAUUUACAUGAGCGCUACACCAAAUGAACUAUCAGCCGUGAGUGGUCUAGUGAACAAAAAUGCUGAUGAGGAGAAUGCCUCUAAGAUUCUCCCUUACAUCUCAGGCAUAGACCUCGUAACUAAAAAGAUGAAUGAGGGCUUUAAGCUGUUUAAGGCCAAUAAGCUGGAACUUGCCAUUGAGUGUUUCCGUGAUGUCAUCUAUAUGAUCGUACUUUUAGCGGUGGACAAUGACGAAGACGAAGAAAUUGCUAGAAGUGCACUUGUAAAGGCACGUGAGUACAUUUUGGGUCUAUCCAUGGAGUUGAAGCGUCGUGCUCUGUCAGCAGAUGAUGUUAAACGCAAUUUGGAACUUGCUUCGUAUUUCACUAGAACAAAACUUCUACCUCAACACAGAAGCACUGCUCUUCAGGUUGCGAUGUCGCAAUCUUUCAAGCACAAAAAUUUCGUUCAGGCAUCUUAUUUUGCCGCCGAGUUCUUAAAAAUUGUGACCACAGGUCCCCGUGCUGAACAAGCCCAGAAGAUAAAAGAUAGAGCGGAUUCCCUAGCGCAUGAUGCCAUUGAAGUUGACUUUGAUCCAUAUGCAGACUUCAACAUUUGCGCAUCUUCUUACACUCCGAUAUACAAGGAUUCACCAGAAGUUUCCGAUCCUCUCACAGGUGCUAAGUAUCAUGCAUCCGAGAAGGGAAAAAUUGAUAGCAUUAGUUUGAUUUCUAAGAUCGGUGUGCCUUCGUCCGGUUUGAGAAUCCGUCUUUGA